AUGGCUGGAAGUAAGAGAUCAAGGAGGGAGAAGCGACGCUAUGAGGCCCCACUGAAUGGGAGUGUUGACUCCUUGAAGCAGUUGCUGGUAGAAGAUCCACUCACCUGUUAUGAUGAAACUCCUCUCCACGUAGCCCUCAUGCUUGGUCAUCUUGAUUUUGCUAAAUUCGUUGAGUCACAAACCCGACAUGGCUAUGGCAGUGGACUCGCAGGGGCGUUCACCUCUUCACUUGGCUGCUGCCAAUGGCUAUAUGGAAGAACCCCUCUCCAUCUAGCUGUAUUGAAAGGCCAAGUUGAGGUUACUAGUGAGUUGGUUCGGUGCAGACCAGAAGUGAUCCGGUUCAGACUGGACCAAGGCAAGACCCUAGUGCACUUGGCUGUGAAACAAAACCGGUUGGGUGCUCUCAAACUGUUAUUUGAAUUGGGAAGGGAGGAUGAUGAUGAUCUUGUCAGUGUUAAAAAUGACCAUGGAAAUACCAUCUUGCAUAUAGCUGCAGGGUUUAAGCAGACGGAGACGAUAAAAUAUCUGCUUGGUAGAACUGGAGUAAAGCACGAGAAGGUCGAUCACCAAUUCAUGGAAGAAAGUGACAUAACCCCGGUAACUAAGAACACCCAAUUAGCUGCACCGAUGCCACCGCCACCACCUCCGCCGCCAGCUGCCCCUCUCGCAGAAGCAAAUGCACGGGCACGCUCGUGA